ACUGGAAGAGGUCAAAGUUGAACAUGAGAAAAGCUUCCAGAGAAACGGAUCCUCAGAAACCUCCGGUUUACCUUACCAGAUUGAACAAUUUUUGUUCUGAAUCAGGGAGAAGUAAACUGAAAUAAAUUCUGCAAAAUUAACCUUUGACCAGAUGUGUUUUUUCUGCAGUGAUGAAAAUGUUUAUAUUAUAAAUACUUCACUUUAUCAUAUAAUAUAUUUUUUAUAGUAGUUAUAGCUCCUCAGGAAACUGAAAAGAUUAAACAUUACUGUCAUACAGUAAGUCUUCAGUCAGAGGCCUCUACAGAUUUCUUGCUACUGGAGAUGAUCAAGGAUUCUCUGAAGAUAUUCAGGUGAUCAGUUACAGCAACAUUUAGUUUCCCUUUAGGAUAAAUUUAGUAUUGUUGAAUUGAAUAAAUAAUUACAUGCAUUUUUUUAUUCUUUAAGAUGAUGUAGAACCCAAAGUGAGAUUCAAUUACGUAAUAGCAAACACUAUUUUCUACUUUAAUACAGAAUUAUAACUUUUACUUUUAAAAUCUCAUACAAUUAGAUUUUUUAAUCAUUGCGCAAGCCGAGAACUAUUUUAUUUUGACAGACCGGAAGUUGGGUUGUAGCGGUUAGCUGAGCUUCUGCUAAAAGCUAAGCGUUUAUUUAUCGUCGGUUUUGCUUCAGAAUAAAACCAGAAACACACGAACGACUGGUACCGACUGAAGCUCGAGUUUAAAUGUACAUAUGGUCACAAACUGUGACUAAAGGCCUGAUUAUUGUUUUCGUCGUGGUCUGUUAGCAUGCUAGCCGCUAGCAUCAGCGCUCAGAAGCUCAAUAGACGGCUUCAGGCGGAGCUGAAAGCGGUUCCGGUCGAAGGUGAAACCCGAAUAUUUACGGACACUUAAGCGCCCCCUGCAGGACAGGCAGGUAGUGAUGGCAAACCAGGCAGAUUUUAACAGAGGAAAAUAUAAACAGCUAAAAUGCUGUCCUACAGGUGAACGGAAGUGAGUAAACUGGUUGUGAAAUGAUUACAGUUUCAGAAGAGAAGCGCCAGAGACGGAAGGUAACCCAGGUGUGGUCAGGUGAGCUUUGGGCCCCGCCCCCUUUCCAGCGCCGCAGGUGCGCCUCAUUAUAAGGCUGAGAAUCAGAAUGAUGGCGUGUCUGUCUGAAGAGAAGAGCAGAAAUGUCAACCAGCGGAGUGAAACCAGCAGCCCAGAGUCCGCUGCUGUCCUCCAGCUUCUCUUCCAGCCCCUGGUCGUGUGUUUGUGCCAAUUCUUGGUCCGCGGCGAUGUGGAGCGGCGUUCCCGACCUGAUGCCCGCUGCCCAGGGAAGCUCCUCUCCCGAACCGUGGCUCCUCCCCGGCUGCAGCUCCGUCUUCGACACCCUGGUCAGCAACACGUCUCCGAUCCCGUCUCCUUCGGCUGCAAGCGGAUUUCGAGGACGAGAGCGAACCGGAAGCAAGCCUCGCCGGCCGUCCAUCCUGGAGCGCUGCAUCCUCAAGGUGUCCACCAGCAGUGUGGCGGUGGGGACGGACGACGUGGACGGGAAAAGGCCUUCGUUCCCCCGCUGCUACCCCCGAUUGCCAGACCCGGCCAACACCGAGACGAAUGCGGCGGUCCUGAAGCGCCGCCAGAAGCAGAUCCAGUAUGGGAAGAACACCAGUGGCUACCAGAACUACCUGCAGCAGGUCCCCAAACACCUGCGGGACCCGAAGCUCCACCCAGCCACGCCCAACAAGUACCGGAAGUACAGCCGACGCUCGUGGGACAUGCAGGUGCGUCUGUGGAGGCGCGCGCUGCACCUGUGGGACCCUCCGGCCAGCGAUGCGCCGGACACGCCCGACCCAGUGGAGCAGCUGCAGAGCCAGCUGGCCAAGAUGACGUCGGACCUGUGCGAGGACGGAGGAGACAAGCAGAGAGAGAAGGAGACUCCUGCAGCCUCUGAUGCCUCCUCGGUGUCUCCUCUGUCUGUGGACGUUUCUGGAGCCUGGACCGUCCCGCUGUCCCCACCGGAGACAAGCCACCGGCCUUUUCGCUCUCCUCCUGGUCUCAGCUACUCCAGCAGGAGUCAACUAACCCCUGAUGACGGCAUGAAUGACUGGCUCCGCCUCCUGAUGGAGACCGACCACACCCCAGAUUUCGGCUCUGAUGACCAGCAGGUUCCUGUGUUUUCCGACCAGCUCUUCUGGAAUCCGUAUUGACGACCCGAUCCAAGCCCCGUUGAACCUGAUGUUGCCUGAACUGGACCUGACCUGUUUUCUGCUGAUUCUGAACUCUAACCAAUAUUUUGGGGCUUUGGAGCCAGAAACUCACUCUUUUAAAGAUCACCACAAACCUACGUCAUUGCCGGUGGCGUGCGACCCGUCCCUGGUCCGGUCCCCGCCCCCGGCGGUUGGACGCCUUACUGUUAGCACUAGUUUUAUUUGAACUGCGUCAGAAUGAGCACAGUCACCUGCAUCACGCCGGAAUCCUGCACUGAGGGAACGUCACGAGUUUGUCCCGUUCGUCACUCGGUUCUUCACCUUCAUCCUCUGCUCCUCCUCCUCAUGUUUCUUUUAAAAAAUGAAGCUCCUGAUCAGUGGAGUCAAAGUGCUGCCACUUUUGUGUUCUGAGAUUUCUUUUACUUCCAGGUGCUGCUUUAUGAGUAAAGUGAAAUGUGAUUAAUAAAGAUGUAAAUAAAGAGUUGAAACCUAAAA